AUGUCAUUACGCGACGAAAAGUUAGAUUUAGUGAAAUUAAAAUUUAAAUCAGUUAAUAAACGGAAAAUAAUGAAAGAAAAAGAAGUUCUAAAACUACGUAACAAGGAACGGGCUCUCUUGGAAGAGCUUGGAAGUUUGAAAGGUGAAGUAGAAUAUUUGAGGGAACGAUUAGAAGAUAUGAAAGAGCAGAUAUCUCAGACGCAGAACCAAAUAUCAAUGAUAGAAAUAUGUAGAAUAUCUGAGGAAGCCAAAUCUAGGGCCCAUUUGUCCAACCUCAAUUCACAUUUGAGUGACUUCGAGAGACUUUUCGAAAAAGAACGUGAACAAAUCGAAUUAAAGAACAAAGAGCAAAGAGACAUAGAAGCAGCGGAACUAAAGUUGCGUAUCCAAAAAGAAAAGCAGAUUCUAGAAAUAAAUGCAGAACACGACAGAGAAGCCGCCGUCGUGGAGGGAAAAUGCGCUGCUGUGGAAAAGGAAUGCGCAGUUUUGAAGAAAAGAAAUAACGCUAUAAUGUUGCAACUCCGUCGUAAGCUGCUCGAAACAGAGAACAAAAGACGACAGCUAAUGGAGAUGAACGAAUGA